UUUCCCCACACACGCCCAGCGACGCAGCAGGCCGCAGCAGCGCAGCGCCACCAGCGUGGCUAACCGCGGCCGCGUAGCAGCGUGCGUCCGCUCCCGAUAUCGUGCGGCUUAUCGUUGGGGUAUAUGCGUCGUGCCUAGGGAGCCCUGGCUGCGACGUCGGAAGGUGCUGCAUGUGAUCGGCCCGCUUGCGCUGGAGCCCAGUCGGCCAGCACCCGCAGAUAGGACGGGAGCCGCGCCGCGGGCGCAUGCGCUUGUCAAUGGCGGCGGCUCGGGCUGCAGCACCGCACGCAGCCCCUCGUAGAGGGCUGGCUCACGCCACACUGGGCCGCCUAGGCGGCCACCUCUGACGCCUUCACCGAUGACUGCAAGCAGUGCCAGUAUGGGGGAGCAGCCCAUCUUUUCCACGAAAGCGCACGUGUUCCACAUCGACCCCAAAACGAAGCGGUCCUGGAUACCAGCCAGCAGCCAGGCGGUGAGCGUGAGCUUCUUCUAUGACUCGAGUCGCAACCUGUACCGCAUCAUCAGUGUGGAGGGCACUAAGGCGGUAAUCAACUCCACCAUAACGCCCAACAUGACCUUCACCAAGACCUCCCAGAAAUUUGGCCAGUGGUCUGACAUCCGGGCCAACACUGUCUAUGGCCUUGGCUUCGGCUCGGAACCUGACCUCAAUAAGUUCAUCGAGAAGUUCCAGGAAGUUAAAGAGGCAACCCGGCUGGCUGCCCAGAAGGCUGGCAACAAUGGUGUGGCGGCCGUGCGGCCCCCUGAGGGAGGGGAAGCCGGUGGGGGGGACCCCACAGCGCUUCACGGUGGUGGCAGCCCCAAGCACCAGCAGGCAGCAGCCAAGGCGUCGCUGCCCCAGACAACGGCCGAAGCGCAGCUGCGCUAUGAAAACGAUAGGCUCAAACUUGCGCUGGCACAGAGCUCGGCAAAUGCCAAGAAAUGGGAGGUGGAGCUGCAGACGCUCAAGAACAACAACGGCCGGCUCACGUGCGCCCUGCAGGAGAGCACGGCCAAUGUGGAAGAGUGGAAGCGCCAACUGCAAGCACUCAAAGAAGAGAAUGCUACGAUUCGUGCACGCAUGCUGGAUCUGGAGGCUGGCAGUGCCCCGGAUGCCCAGGAGCUGCGACGGGAGCUGGCCGCCUUACGCAGCCGUGCUGAGCUACUUGACCGAGAGAACAAACAGAAGGACAAAGAAUUGGAAGCACUCAAGAGAAAAUUGGAGGACCAAACACCAGGCAAAGCAGAUGAUAGGCUCAAGGCUCUGCUGUCUGAGAAUGAGGCGCUGAAGAGCGCUGCGCAGCGUCUCCAGGAUCAGCUGUGUGCUGCCCAGGGACGGCAGGCUGCCUGGGAACAGCUGGCGCAACGCAUCGCCCACCGCCUGCACGACUUGCGUGACCUGCAGCACGAGCUGGCUGCGUUACUAUCUGCCUCUUGACCCUACCCGGUGUCACACCCCACCUGACAGGCAUGACGAUAGGCCCCCCUACCACCACUCGCGAGCCAACAGCAUGCUAACCAGAAGAGUGGCCUGAUGAGCUCCCUGUUGUGCGUGAAUCGUGGGCUUGACUCCUGCAAAUUGUGUUCGAAGAAAACAGCACCGUAGCAGAAACAAAUUGUAUACACCUGGACAUGGUCUCAGUCUAGGAUGAUGUCACAUGCUCUUUGUCCACGUAAACCAUUCAUUGCUCAUUAAACUGUCAGUGUCAAACCUGAGAACUCAGCGGGAUGUGGCUCUAGGCAGCAGGAUUGAUCGAGCUUCCGCAGUGGUAUAGCAAGGUUUGUUUUGCCAAGUUUUAAAAGUAGUCGAGCAAUAUGGCAAAGCUGUGCAAGUUCUUUUGUGACUGAGCCUGGAAACAAGCUCUUCCAGGAUUUCACGUUAAAGAACUUUUGAAAUAGCUAGGUAUUUUCUUCAGAUAAGGUGAAAGCCUUCCUAUAUGGAUUGUCGUGAAUCAAUUCUUUCUUUGGUGUCUACGUGACACCAAUGUGCCACACCAUGUAGUAUUUGUUGAGCCCUCAAUGCACUGCCCUACGGUAAGAAAAGAAUUGCCAUAUAAUCUCAACCCUUGGAGCCAAUGUAAUUCUCACUUAAACAGAAUCUCUGCCAACAUUGAUGACUUGCAAGAUAACUAUCACAUGUUACCUGAAGAAUCUCUUUUUUAGUUUGCAUCACACUGGCUUGCUGAUGCAUUCGCAUGUCCUACAGGUACGCAUAUUUUGAAAUCAUUUCAGCUUCAACCUCAUUCCUGUAUUGACGGGUAACAUACAUACCACUGUCAAGUGUGUACAGUAACUUACAAAAAUAAAAGAUUAUCAAUUUGUGCAAAAGUAAA